ACCCUUAAAUCCAGAUCUUUGGAUUCUUCUUUCCUGAGACCCCAAAACUCACACCUUUGGGUCCCUUCUCACUCUGAAUCCCCAAAUCAAAGCUCAGGGCUGCCCCAUGCAAAUAUUCCGAAACCUUCAGUUCUGGCAUUUAUCUACAGCUCCCCACCCCUGAAAUCCACAGCCCUGGGGUGGUCCCUCUUGAGGGGCCACAAAUUCAAUCUUGCAGCCCAAUCUCUGUUAAUCUGCCCAGGAGACUCCCUCCUCUUUCCUUGCUGGCUGUGUCCCAAGUUAGGCAGGGAGCAUGGUGUGGGAUGUAGCUAGGAGGUGAAACAAGACAAUUACAUAACCAAGAUCAAAAUCCACCCUUCUACCCCGGGUAGUAUAAAGGCAAAACAUCCCAGCCAUCAUCAUCUGACCAUCACUUUCAGUGCCACCAUGCUGGCCUCAGGGCUGCUUCUGGUGGCUUUUCUGGCCUGCCUGACCUUAAUGGUCUUGAUGUCUGUCUGGCGGCAGGGGAAGUUCUUGGCGAAGCUGCCUCCUGGACCCACCCCAUUGCCUUUCAUUGGGAACUACCUGCAGCUGAACACAGAGCAGAUGUACAACUCCCUCAUGAAGAUCAGCAAGCGCUAUGGGCCAGUGUUCACGGUUCACCUGGGGCCCCGGCGAAUCGUGGUGCUAUGUGGAUACGAAGCUGUGAAGGAGGCUCUGUUGGACCAGGCUGAGGAAUUCAGUGGACGAGGAGAGCAGGCCACCUUCGACUGGCUCUUCAAAGGCUAUGGUGUGGCAUUCAGCAAUGGCGAGCGUGCCAAACAGCUCAGACGCUUCUCCAUCACUACACUGCGGGACUUCGGAGUGGGCAAGCGUGGCAUUGAGGAACGCAUUCAGGAGGAGGCAGGCUUCCUCAUCGAGGCCUUCCGGAGCACACGUGGUACCUUCAUUGAUCCCACCUUCUUCCUGAGCCGAGCUGUCUCCAAUGUCAUCAGCUCCAUUGUCUUUGGGGAUCGCUUUGACUAUGAAGACAAAGAGUUCCUGUCACUGCUGCGUAUGAUGCUGGGAAGCUUCCAAUUUACAGCUACGUCUACGGGGCAGCUCUAUGAGAUGUUCUACUCAGUGAUGAAACACCUGCCAGGGCCACAGCAACAGGCCUUUAAGGAGCUGCAGGGCCUGGAGGACUUCAUAGCCAAGAAGGUGGAGCAGAACCAACGCACCCUGGAUCCCAACUCCCCGCGCAACUUCAUCGACUCCUUCCUCAUCCGCAUGCAGCAGGAGCAGAAGAACCCCAACACAGAGUUCUACUUGAAGAACCUGGUGCUGACCACGUUGAAUGUCUUCUUUGCUGGCACAGAGACAGUCAGCACAACACUACGCUAUGGCUUCCUGCUGCUCAUGAAGCACCCAGAUGUGGAGGCCAAGGUCCAUGAGGAGGUUGACCGGGUGAUUGGCAAGAACCGUCAGCCCAAGUUUGAGGACCGGGCCAAAAUGCCCUACACAGAGGCGGUGAUUCACGAGAUCCAAAGAUUUGGAGACAUGAUCCCAAUGGGCGUGGCCCGCAGAGUCACCAAGGACACCAAAUUUCGAGACUUUCUCCUCCCAAAGGGCACUGAAGUGUUCCCUAUGCUGGGCUCUGUCCUGAGAGACCCCAGGUUCUUCUCCAAUCCCCACGAUUUCAACCCCCAGCACUUCCUGGAUGAGAAGGGGCAGUUUAAGACGAGUGAUGGGUUCGUGCCCUUCUCCAUUGGAAAGCGGUACUGUUUUGGAGAAGGCCUGGCUAGGAUGGAGCUCUUUCUAUUCCUCACUACCAUCAUGCAGAACUUCCACUUCAAAUCCCCGCAAUCACCUCAAGACAUCGACGUGUCCCCCAAACAUGUGGGCUUUGCCACUAUCCCACGAAACUACACCAUGAGCUUCCAGCCCCACUAGACAGGCACUGUGCCAGGGCAGGGCUAGAGGGAGGAGCAAAUGGGGGAGAGAGAGCCUGGGUGGGGCUAGCUGGAGAGUGGGGCCAG